AUGAGCGAAGGAAAGGCUAUGGCCUGUGACGCCUUUCCUUCUUCGGUCAUCUUCACAAUGUCUGUCGUCGUAUCCAACUUGACCUACACGCAUAAGAAUGCGGAAACCCCGGCGCUAGACAACAUUUCCUUCAAUCUCCCUGCUGGCACUCGCACAGUGAUCAUUGGCCCAAACGGCGCUGGGAAGAGCUCACUCCUUGCAUUGUUGGCGGGAAAACGACUCGUGGAUGCAGCCACCAUUCGCAUUCAGGACCAAGACGUGUUCCGCAACACCCCAGCGGGAGUUACUUAUCUUGGAACUGAAUGGGCCAUGAACCCUGUUGUUCGUGGGGAUAUCAUGGUCUCACACUUUCUCGACUCUGUUGGAGGGUAUCGUCACAAAGAACGCAGGGACCUCUUGCUCGAUAUUCUCGAUGUUGAUUUGGAUUGGCGCAUGCAUCAAAUAUCGGAUGGGGAACGACGCCGAGUCCAGCUUGUUUUCGGUCUGAUGGCGCCUUAUGACGUGCUCCUACUUGACGAAGUAACCGUUGACCUCGACGUUCUUGUCCGUGACGAUCUGCUCCGAUUCCUUAAGAAUGACAGCGAGCAGCGUAACGCGACAAUUCUGUAUGCAACCCAUAUAUUUGACGAUGGCUUGAACAAUUUCCCCACCCAUAUCGCUCAUAUGUCAUUUGGCCGUCUGCCUACCCCUCCUCAGCCAUGGCCCUCCUCCGAUCUUGCCCUCAAGUUUGGUUCGACCGCUCUUUAUCAAGUAGCACUGCAAUGGCUCAAAGAAGAUCGUGCGCAUAGACGAGAACUUGAGAAGAAUGGACUGAAGCUUCGUGGAGCUCGUCGAGAUCAAACUGUCCCUUCGGACUCGGAGACAUUCUACAAGAAGUACACUCACCCAUUUCGUUGGGCAACUACUCACUCUCACCAAACUCCAGAUACGAUUAUAGCCAUUAGUCAUAUCGUUCUCAUCCCUCAACGGGAAAUGCCAAACGCAAGACAUCAAGAGAUUCCUCAACGAUUCUCGGCUGUGCAAAAUUUCUGGUAUACAUUAUCUGUGCUACAACACGCACCAGCAGACUUGAAUCUUGGCGUCUCUACGUACUAG